AGGUGAAGUCAUCAGUUACACACCAACCUUUACAAUGUUCAGAGCGUUUGCCUUUACUGUCCUGUUUACAGCUUUGACCUUGUCCCAAGGACAUAGGGACGAUUACCUGAGGUUUCCAGAUCCCGGAAACAUUCCGAGAUACAACCAACGACCCUGUGGUCCCCGAGUCUGUGGCAAAAGUGGACAUUGUUAUCGCAGCUUUGAGAGCAUUUGUGACUUUAACGACUACAACCUGAAGAUGAUAUUCAGUGGACAAGAAUUAUUCGAAUUGACAGAACCGAUUUAUUGCCAACCGUCUCCUCCACGGACGAAGCUUGUUGAUGUCGGCUACUAUUUCAAUCACCGGAGUUUGUUAGUGGCUCAAUCGCAGCCUUCGCCCUAUUCAUCGCCUAUUCCAAGACCCAGUUUUCCCCAAAAUCCGAAAAAUAUUGAACGUUACGACGCAUAUCCAUCAUCAGAUUCUUAUGGGCCAGCUCAAGACUAUGAACUUCCUUAUCCGGUAUGGGCAUUUAAGCGGCCCCAAGCGCCACCGAGAAAUCCCCCAGUCAGUUAUAAACCUCCUUAUUGGCACUAUCCAACAAGACGGCCCGAAAUAACCAAGCCAUGUUACGGAAGAAUUACAACCGCAACGAAAGCUCCUACAAGCACUACCACAACAACGGAGGCAUCUACAACGACGACUACAACUGAACCAUCAACAAAAACAAGCACUGAAGCCUCCACAACAACAUCUACGGAAAGAACAACAACAUCCACAGAGCAAACAACAACUACUAAAUCUACAUCACCAUCAAUAUCUACAGAAAAAUUAACAACAACGACCGAACUCACAACAUCAACAGAACCAGCAACAACAACUGAAUCUGCAACAAACACAACUGCGGAUUCAGAUAAAAGCACAACCACUGAACAAUCUAAUACUACAGAAUCAACAACAACUACAGGGCCCACAACAACCACAGAACCAACAACAACCACAGAGCCCACUACAACCACAGAACCAACAACAACUACAGAGCCCACAACAACCACAGGGCCCACAACAACCACAGAGUCAACUACAACGACAGAACUUGCUACAGAUACAGAUCUAACGACAACAACGACUCUCCCAUUAACAACAAAAUCACAAACAUCCACGGACCCAUCAACAACAAAUCCUACAACCGAAUCUUCAACGACAACCAACAGAAGUUCCUCAUCUACAACAAUUACGACCGUAACAACAGAACCUUCAACGACCACAACGGUUUCUUCCACAACGACUACAAAAGAUCCAACAACAACGACCGUAACAACAGAACCUUCAACGACCACAACGGUUUCUUCCACAACGACUACAAAAGAUCCAACAACAACGACCGUAACAACAGAACCUUCAACGACCACAACGGUUUCUUCCACAACGACUAUAAAAGAUCCAACAACAACAACAGAAUCUUCUACGACAACUACGACCGUUCCCACCACUCUUGCCGAAUCGUCUACAGUAACAACAACCCUUAUUUCAAAAACAACGACUUCGGAACCUUCCACAACAUCUUCAACAGAUUCUUCAACAACCACAUUAACUACAGAUACCCCAUCAACGACAACAACAUCCACUGAAGCUUCUACAACAAUUAACCCGGCGGCUGUCAAACCUGUAACUGUUGAGGUCACCAACGAGGACGGACAAUUAGUAGAUUUCGAAUUGGCAGCCAUGGCCGUGAAUCCGGAAACAGGGGAACCAAACUGUGCGGAGGUUACCAAUGUCCUGAUAACCACAGGAUCAAGGAUUGUAUUCCAGUUCACUGGUUGUAUUGUGGCUAGGGUUGCCAGCAGAAUUAUCACCGAACCGACAACGUCUAGCACCACCGUAGCAACUACAACCCAGAACACUCCCUACUAUCAGUGGUAUGGCGGUUCAGCGGCUUACGCACAGUCCCAAUUUCUAUAUACCUAUUAGUUCGACAUAAUUACAUUUAUAGGACAAAAUGAAGAGAUUUUGAUACUUUUAAAAACCCGAUCCCAUUUUAUAUAAAUAUGAUUUUAUUAAGAACUCAAUAAAUGCCAUUAAAUGAA